CCGCGCCACUUCCUCAUCCUCAACAAUGUGCAGAAGAACAAGAACAUCAAGAACAUGCUGGUGAGCGCCUCGGCCUUCGGGGUCGAGGAGGUUUUCGUCGUGGGGCAGAAGAAGUUCGACCUGCAGGAGCAGGAGCCGUUCCUGCGCUCGCUCAGCUGCCGAGUCACGCGUCUGGCCACGCUCAAGGACUGCAGGGCGCACUGCACCGAGAGGGGCAUCCGCAUCGUGGGCGUGGAGAUCAUGCACGACGCCAAGAGCAUCGCCGACCAGCCGUUCUCUGGCGACACGGCCUUCAUCAUGGGCAACGAGGGCAGCGGCAUGAGCUCGGCGCAGGUGGCCAUCUGCGACGACUUUGUGUACAUUCCGCAGUACGGAGGCGGCACCGCGUCGCUCAAUGUGACGGUGGCGGCGUCCAUCAUCCUGCAGAGCUUCGCGCUGUGGGCCAAGCUGCCGGUU